AUGGGCAUAAUCAAUAUCAGGAACGCCAGCAGAUUGUUUGCCUUUAGCAUUAUCAGAGGCAUUGUUCGCAUGGUCGUUAGUGGAAUAAACAGAGGAUCAAGCUCUGUUUAUAAAGGCUUUCUCAGUUAUUUCAAAAGGGUCUUGUUUAUAAAGGCCUUAAGAUUGGUUGGUUGGUUGCAUUGUGUUUUCUUCAACUGGGUCGUGCCAUACGGUACUGGCUGCAAGAUACCGCUCUCCAAUUUUGAGGGCGGUCAAGAAUAUAGGGUUUGUGAUACUUCUGUUGAUAUUUUAUACAAAUUUUGCUGA